AUGCUGCCUGGAGAGGUGCUGGGUCCCCAUGGUCUCCGCGGCUCAAACGACAAUGGCCUGCUGCUCCUCCGCACCUGCGCAGAAUACCGCCUCAUCCUGACAAACACCUUCUUCUGUCUGCCGGAGCGAGAGGAGGCCACCUGGAGGCAUCCUCGGUCGCGUCAGUGGCAACUGCUGGACUAUGUCCUCGUCCGGAGGCGAGAUCAGCGGGGCGAGCUGGUGACAAAGGCGAUCGCGGGCGCUGACGGGUGGACCGACCAUCGCCUCGUCAUCUCGAAGAUGCGUAUUCGCCUACAGCCUCGCAGGAGACCACAAGGCAAACGACUCCCAGGUAAGCUGAACAUUGCCCUGUUGUCUUUGCCUGCUCACCAUCUUCAUUUCAGCAACGAGCUAGCUCAACGGCUAGACAACCUCCCUACUGCUGCCGCCGCCGCCGACCGCGCCAAAGCCGCUGCCGAGAACGCCUCCGUGGAGAACCGUUGGUGUCAACUGCGAGACACGGUCCAGUCGACGGCGUUAGCCAUCCUUGGUCGCCCACGCCGCCAACACCAGGAAUGGUUCGACGAAAACGACGCCAUCAUCAGCAAUCUGCUUUCCGAGAAGAACCGCCUACACAAAGCCUACGUAGAGCACCCCACUGAUGCCAACAGAGCUGCUUUCUACCGCAGUCGCCGUCACAUUCAGCAACGACUGCGCGAGAUGCAGGACGCCUGGACUGCCCACAAAGCUGAGGAGGUCCGAGGGUACGCGGACCGCAACGAGUGGAAGAACUUCUUCUCCACGAUCAAAGCUGUCUACGGUCCGCCAACGAAAGGCACUGCUCCUCUCCUCAGCGCCGCCGGUAGUACUUUCCUGACUGAGAAGACGCACAUUCUACAGCGAUCGGCCUCCAUUUCCGAGGCGUCCGUAGUCGCCCUUCCACGAUCGCCGACGCCGCAAUAUCCCGCUUGCCGCAAGUGGAGACCAUCGAGGACCUCGGUCGAAAAUAGCCGAAACCGAAACAACACCAAUCUCUCUCUUCCUCGUCCAGCCUAUUCUCCUUCUUCCCCUCAUUCUCCUUUUCGCCGCCGCAAUCGCCAGACUGCAAGCGGUUGUCUACGGUAA